AUGGACGUGCUCGCAACCUUGAUGCUGCCCCGCCGCGUCACCAACGACACCAACCUCAUCAACAGCCUCGUCAGCGAGGCGCCACUCGAAUCGGCGCCCCCCUUUGAAGCAGCUCUACGAGAAACUCGAUCCAAUCCACAGCAGCCUCUUCCCCAUCUCUUCGGCUUCUUCAUCGCCCACACAGGACUCGACGACAAUGACAAGCCCCUCUGGGACCGCUAUGUGAACAACAUUAGGGAUGGCAUGGCCGUCACAUGGGCGCUCGAGCCAGACGAGAAGACCGACUUGUUACUGCCGUAUCUUAUCAAAAUGAAGUUACCGCCCCAGUAUGCGUCGGUUGACAGGAUGCGACGUAAGUUCGCGCGGGCACAGUUUUUCAACGACGAUGGCGAGCGAGUCCAGGGGCCUCGCGACCCGACCAUGCUCAAGUAUCUGCUCUACGUCGACGACGAGUGCCUCGAGUCGUUUCAGAAACACAAGACGGCGAUGGCUGCGGAGGGCGAGGGCGAGGUGCCUGUGGCGUUUGUCAAGGCCAUCAGGUGUUUCGAAGACGACGACGUCAACGGCGUGGUUAUUAACGCUGAGGAGAUGGAGGAUGGCGAGAUUCGAGAGGACAAGGAGUGGAUGCCGGUUGACUGCAGACACGUGCUGACGUUUUGGGAUCGGAUGUCCAAAGGUCAGUGGGACAAGGAGUAUGCACGCUUUGCGAGACCAAAAACGGUUCCCUGGUGGGACCGCCCUGCCUGGUUCCAUUGA